AUGUCACGGUGCAAGGCUGACGUCGAUGACCCAACAAAGGUUGUUCUAGGUAUCGCGCUGGCGACGUCAAUCUAUGGCUAUGCCUCCAAUGUCAUGGCCGGCUCCUUCGCCCAGCCGACCUUUAUCGCAAAGUUCCUGCCGGCGGACAAGGCUGCGGCGUAUCAGGGCGCGUUGGUCGGCAUCUACUAUGGCGGCGCCUUCAUCGGCUCAUUUCUGCAACAGCCGAUUUCCGACCGCUACGGGCGCCGCGUCGCCAUGGGAAUGGGAUCCUUGAUCGUCUGCAUCUCGGGCGCGCUGUGUGCGGCCAGCUACCACCUGCCCAUGUUGUUGGUGUUUCGCUUCAUGACCGGGAUUGGCGGCGCCAUGGUGCUGACUGUCUCUCCUCAAUUCAUCGGCGAGCUGUCGCCGCCCCAUUCCCGCGGCUGGCUGGUGUCCCUGAACGUGGUCGGCCAGGAUCUGGGUUACGUCACCUCGGCCGCGACCGCGUUCGGCUUCAGCUGGGUCACGGAGCUAGUCCAGUGGCGGCUGAACUUCAUCCUCAUGUCCAUCUUUGCGCUCUUCAUCACCGGCCUGAUGUAUUUCAUCCCCGAGUCGCCCAGGUGGCUGGUGCAGAAGGAACGGUACGAGGACGCGCUCGCGGUGCUCAAAAGGGUCCACAGCCACUCGAGCGACGUCCACUUCACCCUGGCCAAGGCCGAGAUGAUACAGAUCCGCGAGCAGGUCAGCCUCGAGAACAAGUUGCCCCGCGGAUACCUCCAUAUCUGGCGGACCCCGGCACUCCGCCGGAGGGCUCUGUCCACUGUCCUGGUCUGGAUCACCGCCAUGUCCACCGGGAUCCUGGUGCUCGCCAACUACAUCCCUAUUUUGUUCGGCGGUCUAGGCUACGGUUUCCGCCUGCAACUGGGCUUGAGCGUGGCCUGGCUCGGGGCUGUCUUAUUCGGUGCCAUCAGCGGCGGCAUCGUGGCCGACAGCGUCGGUCGCGUUCGCUUGAUGGCCGGCGGUGCCUACACCUGCGCCUUCUGCCUGGCCAUGGAAGCCGUGGUCGCGGCGAAAUGGAUUCCAGCCAACGACAUCGCUGGCCUGCGCACGGGGGUGGCCUUUUUCUUCCUGUUUGGUUUCUUCUACAACUUCUGGAUGGACCCCUCGUGCUUCGUCUACACAUCCGAGAUUUGGCCCAGCCACCUGCGGACCGAGGGCGUCAGCUUGGCAAUGGCCACCUACUUUGGCGCGACCAUCGCGUGGGCUUCCCCCGCCAGCACCGGAUUCCAGAACAUCGGUUACAAGUACUACCUCAUCCUCAUCUCUGUUGGCGUCGUGUGUGGUACGCUCUGUCUGCUAGUCCUGCCCGAGACCAAGGGCCUGUCGCUGGAGGAAAUCGGCGAGCUAUUCGGCGAGGAGCCCGUGGUGCGUCUCCGAGACAUGGACGUCGACAACCUGGACUCGACCCUGGCCAAAACCGAGCAGACACAGGUCGUCCAUGCCGAGCACAAGGUCUGA